UUUCUCAGCCCCUCUUUUUGGCUACACUAUAUUUUUUAUUGUGCACGCUUGCUCUUUCAUCUCGGUGUUCAUUUUCUCAAGAGCAAAUUUGCAAUUACACAGUUUUAGCCAAUUACCAGCGGAACGAUUACCAAACGACAGAAGAAAUGGUUAUUCUCGCUUCGUCGAUUUGCACAAAGACCGGCAAAGCGCUGGUCUCCCGGCAGUUUGUCGAAAUGCCCCGCACGCGCAUCGAGGGCUUGCUGGCCUCAUUCCCAAAGCUCAUGACUCCAGGUCAGCAGCACACAACGAUUGAGACCGACACUAUCCGCUACGUAUACCAGCCCAUAGGCGAGGAGAUGUAUGCCGUGCUGAUAACCAGUCGUCAGAACAACAUUGUCCAGGACAUGGACAUUCUGCAUCUGAUCGCCCGCACGGUUUCAGACAUUUGCGACGUUGGCGACCAACAAGACGUUAUUCUGCACGGUAUCGACAUCAUAUCGGCAUUUGACGAAAUAAUAUCCCAGGGUCUUCGUGACAAUGUCGAUCUCGCCAAGCUGCGCACUAUUAUGCAGAUGGAAAGCCACGAGGAGAAAAUCCAGGAAAUCAUUGAGCGCAACAAGGAACGUGAGGCCAAGCAGGAGCUCACGCGGAAAGCAAAGAUGUUUGAGCAGCAGCGCCGCGACGCAGCCAAGCGCGGCACAGACUCGGGUAUGGGCGGUAUGGGAUCCAGUGGUUCUAUACUUGGCGGCGGUCGCAUAAGCAACAGCUACGAGCCACUGAUCACACGCGACCCGGAGCCAUCGCGCUCCUUUGCCGCAGCGUCGCUUGCGCCCUCGUCAACUGGUUCCCUCUCCUCGAAUGCCCGUGGAAUGAGGCUUGGCCGCAAACCCAAGGGUGCCGAC